UGAUAACACCACCGUGCUAAAUUUUAUCCAUAUUCACAAGAUGUCUCUAGUACUGCUUUUCAAAGUCCUGAAUUACUUCUUCAUUGUGGGUUUAUCCGGAAGGAAACAAUGCAGUUAGUAUCAGGAAAGGUUAAAUUUUAUGCAUGCCAAGUUUCAUUGCUGUGGCAGAACUCAGCCUUCAGCCUACUACUGGAAUUGUAGGGGCCCUAAAGUGGCCCUUGUAUUUUUACUUAGCACUGAGAUUUUGUAAAGCUGAUCUGUGUCAAAAAGCAGUUUUAAUACUUUUAAUAUGUUAUGCUUUACAUGAUGCAUAUUCUUGAAAGGAAAACUGGUUGGUGGGGGGGGGCAUGGAUGUAUUGUAUGUAUGUACACGGGAAAGAGUCCACUCAUGUUUGCCCCGGGGCCCCCUAGUGGACUGAUACCACCCUGCUGCAAAUAUUCAUAGAGGGGGGAAGAAAAAGCACAUCUGAAACUGUUGACAGUUACACAAAUUCUCCUUAUAUUUGACUUCUUAUGACUUGAACAGCUUGUGGUAAAUACAAGGAACAUCAAAGAUUUAAAAAUACUUAAGUUCAGGAAGGAUACUAUGCACAGUACAUAUUGGAUUUUUUGUGAUAUCUGUUAGGAGCUGAAGUCUGGGCAAUCAAUUUAAAUUGGUCACAUUUUACUCUAUGAAAACACCAAAGCUGAUCUGUCGGACGUAUUAGUGCAAAUAAAUUUAUACUACUUCAAAUCAAAUGCACACUGAAGUAAAGACAAGCCUCGCAGAAACCUUUCGUGUUUUUUUAUCCAAAUUUCAGAUUUAGUUUUUUACUCAGGUCUUGCCAGUUAGUCUCCGCCCUCCUCAGUGUGUGUGUGUGUACUUCAUCAAAAAAACUUGCAUGAUACGACUCGACUGUGUGUGAAUUUUGGCUGCUUAUCCACUACAGUUGAACAUAAUCCAACAUCUUGGAAGGCCCGGAUCUGAAGAGCCUGGCUCUCUCAGCAUAAAACAAAAUGUCCAAAAGUGAACCAGACGAGAUGAUAGAGAUUGAGAUUGAUGAACGGGAGAAACAGGCAUGCCUGGAGGAAGGUGUUGAAGAGCAGACGAUCACUGCAUCUGAUUUGAUUCAGCAAGACAUUGACAUCAAUGAGCCCAUUGGCAAUUUGAAGAAGCUUUUGGAGCCUCGUAUCCAAAUAUCACUGGAUCCCUAUGAGAUCUGCUUGCAGGACAUUCAGCUUCACCCAGAUCACAGCCUCUUCGAUCAGGGAGUAAAGACAGACGGCACAGUGCAGCUCAGCCUGCAGAUUAUAACCAAACCAGGUGAAGAGAAGCUGAACAUUUUGGAAAUUGUGAAACCGGUCGAAACAGUGGAGGUGGUGAUUGAUCCGGAUGCAGCAGGGGAGGAGGGUGCCCUGGUGGAGGAGGGUCAGCUCAUUGCUGUGGAGAGGUCUGGCCUCACAGAUGAGACAUCAGAACAGGUUACACGCUGGGCUGCAGCACUUGAAGGCUACCGCAAAGAGCAGGUCCGCCUGGGCAUACCAUAUGACCCCUUGCUUUGGACAGCUGACCAGGUGAUCCACUGGGCCGUGUGGGUGAUGAAGGAGUUUAACAUCGAUGAGAUGGAAAUAGGCAGCAUUCACAUCCCAGGCCGAGAACUCUGCAGUUUCAGCCAGGAGGAGUUCCUUCAGAAAGUGCCCAAUGGAGAGAUACUUUGGAGUCACCUGGAACUCCUACGCAAAUAUGUGUUGGCCAGCCAGGAUCAGUCUGGAGGUGAUGCCACAGUCACUAUUGAUCAACCUGUGCAGAUAAUCCCAGCUCAGGUGAGCACACCCACCGCCAUAAAGGUACUGAAGCAGAGCCGUGGCCCCAGAACGCCGCGCAUUUCAGGAGGAGAGGAGCGCAGCUCACCUGGCAACCGCACAGGUAACAAUGGUCAGAUCCAGCUCUGGCAGUUCUUGUUGGAGCUGCUGACAGACAAGGAUGCAAGAGACUGCAUCUCCUGGGUGGGCGAGGAAGGAGAGUUCAAACUCAACCAGCCUGAACUUGUGGCUCAGAAAUGGGGCCAGCGCAAGAACAAGCCUACCAUGAACUACGAAAAACUCAGCAGAGCCCUCAGGUAUUACUAUGACGGGGACAUGAUCAGCAAGGUGCAGGGCAAGCGCUUUGUCUACAAGUUUGUGUGCGACCUGAGGACUCUGAUUGGCUACAGCGCUGCUGAGCUCAACAACCUGGUGACCGAGUGCGAACAGAAGAAACUGGCUCGUAUGCAGAUGCAUGGCAUUGGUCAGCCCAUCACUACAGUGACCUUGGCCACCACGACACUAGACAAGGACAGUUGAAGGAGACCGCAGCCAAAGUUAGCUCUCCACCACUGUCUGGAAUCAAAUCAACUUCAUUCUUUUUCUGACACAGCUGUGUUCCUUAGGCACAGAAAUGCAGGGCUGAUUCCUGAUCAGUCUGGAUUAUUAACUUUGCUAAUGUCUCUCCAGUUUUAGUCCAGCUAGACUGAGACAGGUGAUUUUUUUUUUCAGCUUUACUUUAAUGCUAACCAAGAGAAGUGUGCUUCAGGAUGAGGUAGAGAAUGUUUGUGUAAUUACUGAGUGAUGCUGUUAUGACUGAAUGCUUGAAUGUGUGACUGAAAACCCACUUAGGAGCUUGGUGUAAUGUGUCCCUUGUCUGUAGCCUAGGAUGGUUUCCACUGUAUAUACCGGUACUUCAUGUUUUUGAUAGCCACAAGGGCAAGUGUAUUUUCAUAUUUUCCAUUUAUAGAGGACCCUUUUUGUAUUUUAUUUAGUGUUUGUUCCCUAAAUUGUUGGACCCUUUUUUGUCCACUAGAGGGAAUAAAGUGGCAAGCAUUUUU